AACUAGAAGAAACAGUCAUGGUGUAUGACACUGUAUCUCGACAGUAGCACAACUGAAUUAACAUCUGAGUGUCAAACAUAUUUUAUCGACGGAAUAUACACGCCACCCAAAACAGUGCGCAGUUGGAUUUAUUUUUCAACAUUGAGGCUGGUGCAAUAAGUGCACAUUUUCUCCGGUGUAAGCUACUAUGAAUGGAGGAUAAAUGUUGCCGAAGGCUGACAGCGGUGGUUUUGUGCUUCUCCUCUUUUUUCUGACAUUAACAGGUCCACGGCUUGCUUUGGCUAGACUGUUGUCAGAGCUGCGUUGCAGUCCGGGCCAGUUUGCCUGCCGGAGUGGAAAAAUGCAAUGCAUCCCUUUGUCCUGGCAGUGUGAUGGUUGGACAGCCUGUGAGGACAAAAGCGAUGAGAUUGAUUGCCCUACUACUAAAGAGGAGAUGUAUCGUUACAGCAACAGUUUUGAGCCAGUGGAAGAUGUUAUGGGUGUCGCUCAACCAGUGCGCUUCAACAAGAAGUGUCCGAGCGGCUGGCACCAUUACGAAAAAACGGCGAGCUGUUAUAAAGUCUACCUGAGGAGCGAAAACUAUUGGCAGGCAGUGGAAACCUGCCAGAAGGUCAAUGGCUCUCUCGCUACGUUCGGCACCAACGAGGAGCUGCAGUUUGUCCUCAAGAUCGAGGUGGAUUUCGACGAGAAAGUGUGUGAACGCAAAGACCAGUGCAAGUUCUGGGUGGGAUAUCAAUAUGUGAUUACUAGCCAGAAUCAUUCUCUGGAAGGCCGUUGGGAAGUGGCAUACAAAGGAUCAAUGCAGGUGUUUCUGCCUCCGGAGGGGCUGGUUAACUUCGGUGAGGCAAAUCCUACCCAGGGCAACGUGUUCUGUGCUCAGCUGCAACGCUUUCAGAUCAAGAGCAUGAACGAGCGAGGCUUGCACAGCUGGCAUGCUGAAAACUGCUACAAAAAAUUCCCUUUUCUCUGCAAAAGAAGACAAACAUGUGUGGACAUCAACGACAACGUGAUGAAUGAAGGCUAUUAUUUCACGCCUAAAGGGGACGACCCAUGUCUGAGCUGCAUGUGCCAUGAGGGCGAGCCAGAGAUGUGUGUGGCUGCCCUGUGUGAACGCCCGCAGGGCUGCCAGCAUUUCCGCAAGGACCCCAAAGAGUGCUGCAAGUUCACCUGCUUAGAUCCUGGACAAACAUGUGUAGACAUCAAAGACAAUGUGGUGAAUGAAGGCUAUUAUUUCACACCUAAAGGGGAUGACCCAUGUCUGAGUUGCACGUGCCAUGAGGGCGAGCCAGAGAUGUGUGUGGCUGCCCUGUGUGAACGCCCGCAGGGCUGCCAGCAUUUCCGCAAGGACCCCAAAGAGUGCUGCAAGUUCACCUGCUUAGAUCCUGAUGGCAACAGUUUGUUUGACUCUAUGGCCAGUGGCAUGCGUCUCAUCGUGAGCUGCAUUUCAUCUUUCCUCAUCCUCUCUCUGUUGCUCUUCAUGGUGCACAGACUGAGGCAGCGGCGGCGAGAACGCAUCGAAACCCUCAUCGGAGGCAACUUGCAUCAUUUUAAUCUGGGUCGAAGGGUACCUGGCUUUGACUAUGGUCCAGAUACGUUUGGAACAGGCCUGACUCCUCUGCACCUCUCUGAUGACGGGGAGGGGGGAGCGUUUCACUUCCAGGAGCCACCACCCCCUUAUGCUGCUUACAAAUAUCCUGAUAUCCACCACCCUGAAGAUCCUCCACCUCCCUAUGAGGCCUCCAUCAACCAAGACAGCAUCAUUUAUAUGGACCUCGGGCGGACCGGGAUUCCUCUGGCGACCAGGCAUGUGAACGCCAUGGCCGAUUCUCUCCAGAGGGAUUUCUUAGAGCAGACGUCCAACCAACCUCCGCCCCUGGAAGAGCGCGAGGACUCCAUCGACAGCAGCACCCUAUUGGUGUCUCCAGACACUCCCAGCGAAUCAGAUAACAUUAUCAUUCAGAGCUUCUCCACAGACUGCAGCAGUGGUCCGUCGCUGAGCACCGUAGUAUAGAAAAGGAGAAAUGCGGAGAUCAGAAAGCCUUACGUGCUUUGAUGGAUUGAAGGCAUUAGAGGCUGUAGGACUCAAGAACAAUCUUGCAGUUCAGAGUGAAGACUUAAACCAAUAAGAAGGACUACUUUGAGCUUGUUUUAGUUGGAUAACCCUCUGGUUCUUCAGUUUGAGCAUCAGUUUGUGCAAAUACUUGCUUCAGUCCUUAAUUUAGUCCUCCAUUGCUUAAAGGGAUAGGUAACCUAAAAAGACAUUUCUGUCAUUUAUUCACCUUCGUGUCUUUCGAAACCAUAUUACUUUUUGUUAUGUGGAGCACAAAUGAAGCAAAUCUAUUUAUAGCAAAAUGUACAAGCUGCUCUUGUCCAUAAAAUGAAAGUGAAUGGUGACUUUGGCUGUAAGGAAAAAUUUAGAGUGAAUAAUUAUCAUGUGGCGUAAGUUGACUUUGAAUCAACUUAAAAGUGAAGUAGUCCUUUUGAACUACUUUUCAUGGUACUUUUAUCCUUUUUGGAGCUGGACAACCUCUGGUCACCAUCCACUUUUAUUGUAUGGAAAAGAGCAGCAAGAACAUUUUGCUUAAUUUCUUCUUUUGUGCUCCACAAAAGAAAGUCCAUCAUAUGGGUUUGGAAUGACAAUGUUUUGUUGUGAGCUAUACUUUUAGCUUGUUAUAAGCUUUCUCUGAUACACAUUGGGAUGUGGAAAUGGACCAACUCUUUCUCUCUCUCUCUCUGAGAAAGCAUGUGUCAAUCACCUCACUUUGAGUGAAUGAACCACUUGAUGAAAAGCUGUUAAGGCCUCAGAGAUUUAAUGAAUAAGACCUGACAUUCUUUCAAUGGACUUGUGCGCACUGACUGUUUCCUGGAUCGAGCAAGCAAUUUUACCUUGAUUUGAUACUGCUCUGUCCUAACUGACCACUCCAAACCCUUUCACAGGCUAUUUUGUGUGUUCUUCCCCUUGGCCUCCUGUAUUCCUAACUCCUGCCCUGUCCGUAUGUCCUAGAGAUGCAUAGCGGGGCGUUCACACAUACAGGAAUUUGCAGCAACAAAGGGACAGGAAGUUGUUUGAUUUCAAUGAGCGUUAAUGAUUUCCAGCAUGAUGAGUGAUAGACCGUUGGCGAUGUAACAAAGUUGAAUGGAACUCAACUUUAUGCAAAUUAGCAGCAACCCAAUGCGGUGACUACCUGUGGGAGUGCAGACAGUGAUCUGCCGCUGGAUACGUUUGGAUACUAGAAACCAACAGCACAAAGACUUGGCAACCUCCAGUGAUUUUACCGCUGUUAGUGUGAGACGCCUCUCAAGGGAUCGAUCCGUUUGGAUGCGAGCAAUACUGUGUAUUUAUCUGAAUUUUUACAUCUUUGGCUGUUGGAUCAGAAGCACAAACUGGGGGGGGGCGUUCUUGGAUUCUGUUGACGUUGUAUUUUAUUGAGGUUCGAAUAUGUUUUAGUCUGCAUUCUGCUACGACUUUUAUAUAUCCUGCUGUGACGUUGCAAUGCAAAUUCAUUGCGUAAUUUUUGGAAUGUCACUGUUAACAUUGAAGCUUUUGCGAUUCUUUCGGGAGGCGUACUUCUAUGAAACUCUGUCUUUGGUGUAUUGUCCCAGUGAUUGAUGUUGCAUUUGCUCACAUCAAAAAAAAAGGUGGCUCUCACCAAAUCUGUCAAGAAAUGCCCGGUUCAUAUUGUAGCCCAAAAUAAAAAUAUUAGUAAAAUUAUAAGUUAAUAAGGCUGAUUUUUAGAACAAUUAAGGUUUGCUGCAUUGUGACAUUAUUACCAUGACAAUUAAGAAAACCAUUAAGAGCAUGGUGGUAGCAAUGUCAAGGUCUCCAGUUCAGUUCCCAGGGAUCAUACAUACUGAUAAAAUGUAUACCUUAAAUGCAUUUUAUGGGGAUGUUCAGACCAGAAGCGUGCUUGUGCUUGGACGAUGCAGCACAACAAUUAGAAGAGAAAGUGCAUUUACAUAGAAAAACCAUUGAAAAUCUGUGCGGACGGAUGCAAAAACGUUUUUUUGUGUGAAAUGCCCUUAAGCCAUUUUGGAUUAAAGUGUCUUCCAAAUGUGUAAUAAUUAUAAUAAAUAGUGUGCUUUUAAUUACUGUAUAACAGAAAUGAGAAUUUAAUUUAUUUUUGUAUAACCGUAAUGAUGAAUUUGGAGGAAAUGUGCGUAAUUAUCAUUUAAAAGGGUGUCAUAAUGCAAAAACUGUAAUUGUCCUAAAAACGGGCUGCAUUUUCUUUAAGCAAAAUGUAAUUUUCUUAUUUAUUUUUUAUUGAUUUUGACCUGGGAGUUUCACUGAGAUUUUCCAAAAAGUCAGACACUACUUUUAUUAACUUUUUUUGGAAUUCAUAAUGUAACCGCUCCGCUUAAUAUUCUCCCCACAUAUUUGCCUCUCAAUCUGAUCUCAAAAAGGUGUUCUGCAGCAAAUUGUGGUGUUUAAAAAGUAUAUUUCUUCUUUUUGCGAUUCUAAGUUUAGGAUUUAAGAGUUAGGUUUUGGCUACGAUGAAUUAUGAGGUUUGCAUUCACGGUUGGUCUGGUGGUGUGACGUGUGUGGAUGUUCCCUUUUUUUAUUUUCAGCACCCUUAAAGGUUCACUCAGUUUUUUCCUCAUUUGAAAAUACUUUAACUUCUAAAGAAAUGAAUGGUAAUUUUGAAACAUAUGUAUAAAAUCAUGACUACUCGUGUGAGAUGAAGAGUCAUAUCAGUAACCUUAUAAAAGCUCUUUUAUUCUAUAUUGAGCAGGGGUGCCUCAUGAGAGCAGCCAUGUUAGCAUCACAUGACCAGCCGAAUACUACUCUCCUAAUCUCAGUAACUGCCUUGUUAUUGGAUACUUUCAUUCAUGGAUUCAAUUAAUCAUGUUUAACUGUGCACAGUGGAUUUCUACAAUGACAUUAGUAACUGAAAACUGUUUGAAUGAUGCAGCAUUCAGGCCACUAAGUGUCAGUGUAAGCCAAUGCAAGUCACUUCAAAAUAAUACAAAAAAAUAUACUGUAUUGUUCCACAACAUUUGUUACUUGACACUUAAGUUAAUGUGAGUUUAUUUGCACAUGUGAACAUAUAAAUGUAUAUUAUGAAAGGGCAAAACGGCUUAGUCCUUUACUAAUUUACAGACUGCUCAUUUCCUGUGUGGACGGUGUUUGUAUUGUCCACUUAAUGAAAUGCAUAAGUUAUAUAUGAACUUGAGAGAUAGUUUGGUUUAAAAAUAUCUACUUGGUCUGCAUAAUUGCUAACUGAAAGUAACGUGUGUUUUAAAACUUUAUCUUGAUUCCUGUGGGUUUUUUUACAAACUAGAAACAUGCCUAAUUUUUGCAACCACAAGCCCAUAGCAAAGACAAUCAGGCAUUUCUGAAAAAGCUCAAGUCAUUGUGGCACAAAAAAAGGCACAUAGUCCAAGGACAAAGACAAAUGAAUGGGAAGUUGCCAGGUAGAUCCAUUUUACUUUGCUAAAGAUUUAUUAGCCGUUGGACAUUUUGAUAAUGUCCAGCACCAAAAUAAUUGAGGAUCUGACAUGAUAAAAAAAUUUAAUAAAAUAAAAAUUAUAAAACUGUUCCUUUCUGCUAGGUAAAUUUUAUUUUAACUGGAUAGUAUUUAUUUUUUUUUUAUUUAAUUUGAUAAUUUUUGUUUUUUAUUUUUUUAUUCAGUAUGUAAUGGAUUAAUUCACCCAAACUUGUAAAAUUCGUCAUCCGAGUCUUCCGUGGAACACAAAGGAGAUGUUUGGCAGAAUGUUAAGGACCAAUUGCCUUUUUUUCUCUCCAUGCAAUGCAAUGAAAGUGAAUGGUGACUGAUGCUAACAUUCUGCCUAACAUUUCUUUUUGCAUUCCACAGAAGAAAAUAAUACCGGUUUGGAACAACAUUAGGGUGAGUAUAUGAUGAUGAUGAUGAUGAUAGACUUUUCACUUUUCAAGUCUGGAUUCUCAUCAGCACAGAUAAUCCCGUGAACAUAAGUUUUUCUUUUCUAGUAUGUGUGUUAUAGGUAUGCAAGCGUGUAAUCAGACCUGCAGAGAGUUUUGUACUCUUCUGCUGUUGUAUUCCUUUAUUUCUGCUAUGUUUACAGAUGCUUGUCCACAAACUGAGGAUGAUACACAUCCAAUUCUUCUUUCCCACCUCCCAAUUGCAGCAUUUGCAUAAUUAUUUCUAUUUUUAUUUUUUAAGGAGAUAAUUGUGAUUCAACAAGGAUAAAAAGCAUCAUGUUUUAUGUAGAAUGCAACGGUUGCUGAUUUCAUUGUCAGUUUGCUUGACUUACAGUAUUUUCGUUUUUUUAUGUAAUGUUUGGCUUAUUUGUCAGGACUUUUAUGUUUCACUCUUUAAGUAGAUGUACUUCUAUCAAAUGCCAAAUAAAUCGUAUCAUGA